ACUCAGCCGCUGGCUCCGUCUGUUGACUCCGUCUGUUGACUCCGUCUGUUGACUGCAUCUCCACACAGAGCUCCGAGCUAGCGCUAGCCCCGCUGGCUAAGUGAGCUAACACCAUAGCAUAGAAAGUCAUCCAGCUAGCCGCGGGCUAACGCAGACGCUGGGAUGCAGCGGUGACACCGUGUCAGCGAGACCUCACUCAGAAUAACAAGCGUUGCUCUGUGGUGUUUGGGCUUGUGUGCACACCUGUGAGGCCCCCUGCACUGCCCUGUCUUUGAUCUGAUCGGAGAAGAAGAGGCAAACAUGGCAGCCAAAGCAGGAGACAACCCCGACAGCCUCAUGACCCUGGCGACAGUCUUCUGCCUAAGGAACCUCAGGAAGACCAUGUGCUACCAGGGGUUCAGGAACAAGCUGUGCCUGCGCUCAGACAUCUUCCUCCCCAGUGAAAUCUGUGACAAGCUAGUCAACACAUAUAUGGAGUUGGUCCACACAGACGGCAACUUUGAACCAGAGGAGAGCUUCUUCCAACUAUUCUCAGACCCUCGAAGCACCAGACUGACAAGGGUACAGCUGAGAGAAGACUUUGUACGUGACAGAGAUCUGGAGGCCAUUCGAAAACAGGACUUGAUCGAGCUCCACCUCACCUACUGCAACAGUCUGUCCUCCCGCAGCUUGAAAACUCUGACCUGCUUCCGCGAGACCCUGGUGUCUCUCUGCCUGUUCGGCUGUAGCCACAUCUUUUACCGGAAGGGCGGCGCCCCGCUCGCCUGCAACGAAGACACCGACGAGGAGGAGGACGAGAGCCCCGCUUCUAGGCAAGCGUUAGAGACAGACUUUAACUUCCAGGGCUUCAACCGUCUCAGGCUGCUCAACUUAGGCGGCCUGCCCGACGAGGUGGACGCUGAGACCCUACUCAAACCCCUCAAGUCACUCACCUCACUAGAUCUAUCUAAUGUACAGUUAAUGGGAACAGCUUUUCUCACCCAGUGGAAAGAUAGACUGGCGUCUCUUGUUCUCUACAAUGUGGACCUGUCAGACGAGUUGGUCAAUACAGUGGUGGAGAUUGUUAAUCUCAGACAUCUCGACAUCUCGCGGGAGAGCAGGAGAAAUUCUAAAUUCAAGAUGAGCAGGAAGAUCCUGACAGCCAUCGUACAGCGUCUGGUCAAUCUGGUGUCACUGGACAUCUCGGGUCACGUCAUGCUGGACAACUGCACAGUCCCACACUUUGAAGAAGCUAUGGGUCGGCCGAGCAUUGAGCCGUGCAAGAGCAGCAUCUAUCCUUUCCAGGAGCUGAAGAGGCCACUGCAGUUUCUGGGCUUACAUGACACCACCCUCUGUAAUGUGACACACAUCCCUGCGUAUAAGGUGACUGGAUCCAAGAAUGAGGACCAAGUCCUGAAUGCCAUUGAGGCUUACACAGAGUUCCGUCCUGAGCUGGCCCACAGAGCCAUCAAUCAGCUGUUCGACAUCGCCAGGAUACAACACUGCAGCCAACUGCUCCGAGCUUUGCAACUUGUCAUAGCAGCAUUGAAGUGCCAUAAAUAUGAUAAGAGCAUCCAGGUGACAGGCAGCGCUGCUCUCUUCUACCUGACCAAUACGGAGUACCGCAGUGACCAGAGUGUACGGUUGCGCAGAGAGGUCAUUCAAGUGGUACUAAAUGGAAUGGAACAGUACCAGGAGGUCACUGUCCAGAGGAACUGCUGCUUGACUCUGUGUAACUUCAGUAUUCCAGAGGAGCUAGAGUUCCAGUACACUCGCGUCAACCAGCUGCUGCUGAAAAUCCUGGAGCCAGCCCGGCAGGAUGAGUCCAUCCAGAGAAUUGCUGUGCACCUCUGCAACGCUUUGGUCUGCCAGGUGGACAAUCAUCACAAGGAGGCUGUGGGAAAGAUGGGAUUUGUCAAGACAAUGUUGAAUCUAAUUCAGAAGAAGCUCCAGGACAGAAUGUGUGACCAGGUGAUGGAGUUCUCCUGGAGCGCUCUGUGGAACAUCACUGAUGAGACACCUGACAACUGUCAGAUGUUCCUCAACUGUCGGGGCAUGAGUCUCUUCCUGGAGUGUCUACAGGAGUUUCCAGACAAGCAGGAGCUUCACCGCAACAUGCUGGGGCUCCUGGGAAAUGUUGCUGAGGUCAAAGCACUGAGGCCACAGCUGCUCACCCCACAGUUCAUCACUGUAUUCAGUAACCUGCUGGACAGUAAAGCAGACGGAAUCGAGGUGUCGUACAACGCAUGUGGCGUGCUCUCACACAUAAUGUUCGACGGGCCGGAGGUUUGGUCGAUGGAAGAGCCGCGAAGAGACACAGUGAUGGACAAGAUGUGGGACGCUAUCCAGAGCUGGGACGUCAGCUCACGCCGCAACAUCAACUACAGGUCAUUUGAGCCCAUCCUGCGACUGCUGCCGCAGAGCAUCUCCCCUGUCAGUCAGCACUGGGCCACAUGGGCUCUCUACAACCUGGUGUCAGUUUACCCAAGCAAGUACUGUCCUCUGCUGAUAAAGGAGGGAGGGAUAAGUCUUCUAGAGAAAGUUCUGGAACUGGAGAGCUCACAGCCAGAGACCAAGGACAUGGCCAGCAAAGUAAUGGAGCAGUGUGAAAACUUCAAAGAAGACCCCAUGGAAACAAACCAUGGACAGGAGGUAAACUAUGGACAAAGAGGUUGACACCACAGGAGCAGUGAUUCCCAGCAAACAUCAAGCAAACCAAUCUAAGGCCCCUCCUCCCGCUGUCAUCACCAUAAGGGUCAAUGUGUGCAUUAUUCUUCUUCUUCUCAUUCUUCUUGUUUUGUAGAGCAGAAAUGUGUCUCUGAGCCUCUUCACAGCAGAAACCUUAAUAUAUGACACAUAGGACUUAAGAUGUGGUGCAUGGAAUUUUGUUGUGAGGGUGCUUAACCUUUGCUGCACAUAAGUAUCUCUUCUGUUGGGACAGGUUUGUGGGGGGUGAGUGUUAUCUCUCAGCGUGUGUGUGUGCGUGUGUGUGUGUGUGUGUGUGUGAGUGAGAUAUAACGGCAGAACAAAACAGUUGGAGUGAUGCUUGGUUCUCAGUGGAAGGAAAACAAACCUCCCUCGCUUGGCUCACUACCGCUGUGUAAUAUUGAACAAAAGGCAGGAGGCCGGGCAGUGUCUGUGCUUGGCCAGUGGAGGGCUCAGCUCACACACCGCUCUCUCACAGUCGCUCAUGCUCAUGGUGUCAUCGAGCUGUUGACACGUGCAGUGAAUAUUAGCCAUUAUGUGUGUAGGAUGCAGAGAAGCAUCACACUGAUGUUGACGGGAGGGAAAGUCUUCCCAGACCUUGUGGCACAACGAUGGACUUCUUUGUUAUAUAUGUAAAUAGUCUCUGUUUGUCUCAUCCUUUUACUGUGUGUAUGUUUUAUAAUAUAACUGUAAACACUCAUGACUUUACUCUGUAUUUAAAUUUUGUUUAGGUUUGACUGAUAUACGGUCAGUACUAAGAAACUAUAUACAGAAUACCCAAUCAUUCAAAUGUAGUCUGGCAAUCCUGGAUAUUCGAUGUAGUUCAACCUCACCUCACCUUUUCAAUUAUCUGGCAUCUUAACCUGAUCCUGUCGAUUCUCCUCACUGGAAGCAGUCGUGAACUUCAUCAGUGAGGAAGAUCAAAAACACUCUGUGUGGACACUACAGUGCCCCCAUGCUUAAAGCUGGGCCAUUCAAGAAACCUCAACCCCAUCUAGCACCUUUGGAAUAAACUGGAACUCUGACUGCGAGGCUGACCCAAGUCCUUGCAGCAAGAUUCCAACAUCUGGUGGAAAGUCUAAAGAAGAAGAAGUCUGAAGAAUGAAGGGUUGAAGCGAUUAUAGCGACGGUUUUGGAAUGACCUCAUCAACUCAACAUUUUUUUAAAGGGUCAAAAUCGAUACAGCAUAAACCCAGAUAUUGUUUUAUUUUUUGUUCCGCGCAUUCCUCUUUCUUGUCAGGUGCCUACAUCAACCACAAUGCACUUCGUCCACUGACAGUUUGGUCAGAGAUUCUGUUGCUCAGUGCUAAUGAUGGCUAUCGAAACCUCAAGCCUCAGUUAGAGAUGAGUAGUGGGCUGCAGAGGUCCAGUAAGCUCACUUCCUCACACAUUUUUUCCCUCACACAUUUCCAUUUGUAGUCUUACGCUCCAACUUGUCACAACUAAGUGGUUGAACAUAUAAAUUAUAGUGUCUUUGGUGUUUUGCCCUUGAGCUCCCAGUGCUCCCAGUGGUCAGGUAUGAUGCCAGAUAAUCAAAAAGACGAGGCUGAGGGAAACAUCCUGAUGGCCUAUCACUUCUGCUGGUUGGUCAACAUGCUGCUAAGUAACUGCUUCACUUCUUCUAGUAUGAGUAGUCCCAUGGUACUAUACUAAUAAACAGCAGAUGAAGCAAUAACCGAUGGGAGAAAAACAAAA